CCAGUCCCUCUGCUGUCUCUUCCGGUUCCAUCACUCUCUCUUACAUCUUCCUUCUCGCGCCCACCAUACCUUUACCAGAGAGGAUAAUAUUGGGCUCGCAACCAUGGAGAAGAUCACAGACAAGAUCGCGGCUCUGCCGCCUGAUGCAAAUUACUUCUCUCUCGAGUUCUUCCCUCCGAAGACUCAGAUGGGCUUUGCUAAUCUCCAGGCCCGACUGGAGCGAAUGGCACAGGCAUUGCGCCCGUUGUUCGUCACCGUCACUUGGGGUGCGGGAGGAAGUACCGCAUCGAGGUCGCUCGAACUAGCGGAGAUUUGCCAGCGCCAGUUGCAGCUAACGACAUGUUUACAUCUGACUUGUACGAAUAUGAGUCGAGCUCUGGUUGAUCAGGCCCUGGAGGAAGCCAAAGUGCUCGGUAUCAGGAAUAUCCUAGCGCUGCGCGGAGAUCCCCCGCGGAGUGAAGAGUAUAACAUGCAUGGAGAGGAUGACAGCAACAAGGACUUUACCUUCGCAGUGGAUCUGGUUCGCUAUAUCCGCAAAAAAUAUGGCGACUACUUCUGUGUUGGUGUCGCCGCCUACCCCGAGGGUCACCCUGCAGAUUCCUUCCAGGAGGUCCAGGACCCCGAGGUUGACCUCCCGUGGCUGGUCGAGAAGACGCAGGCGGGCGCCGACUUUAUCAUGACCCAGUUGACAUACGACAUCGAUGCAUACACAAGAUUCGAAACCAUGCUACGGAACCACGAAUCCGGUGCUUUCAAGACCAUCCCUAUUAUUCCAGGCCUGAUGCCCAUCCACAGCCAUAAGAUUUUGACGAGAGUGACCAAACUCAGCCACGUUAAGAUCCCGCCUCCGAUUCUUGCGAAACUGGAGGAGGUCAGAUACGACGACGACGCCGUCAAGCGCAUUGGUGUGGAUAUAAUUGCGGAGAUUGUGGACGGUGUCAGGAAGCUCGUUUGCCCGGGGUUGCGAGGUUUCCAUUUCUACACCCUUAAUCUAGAGAAGACGGUCUCAUUCAUCAUUGAACGAUGCAACCUCAUCCCGGACUACCCAGAAGACUCCGAGGCAGUUGAUGUCAGCGAGGAACUAUCGGCACUGACGGUCGAUGGAUCCCAAGCCUCGACACUAGCCAGGCGGCGCCGUGCCUCAUCCGUCGGUUCCAUCCCCCACAACCGCGUCAUCGUAGACAGGGUCACAGAGACCUCCUCCAAGGGGUCGGUGACACACGAAACUCCCGCUGCUAGUGCAGGAAUGCCCGCACUCCCACCAGACCGCAACACAACCCUUCAGAUCUCCGAAGGUCUCGGCGCCCUAGGCCGAGAAGCCACGUGGGAUGACUUUCCCAACGGCCGUUGGGGUGAUGCCCGCUCUCCUGCGUUCGGAGAAAUCGACGGCUACGGUCCCUCCCUACACGUUGCUCCCGCAGUGGCCCACCGGAUCUGGGGCUAUCCAGUGACCUACGACGACAUCAGCAAUCUCUUCCGCCGCCACGUCUCCGGAGAUCUGUACAUGGUUCCCUGGUCUGAGGGAGGCGCCGAAGAGAACAGCAGCGGCCUAAAUGCAGAGACUGAAACCAUCCGGCCCGAACUCCUCCAACUCAUCGACAAUAAAGGCUGGUGGACUCUAGCCUCUCAACCGGCCGUCAACGGCGUGCGUAGCGACGACCCCAUCUAUGGCUGGGGUCCUCCCGGCGAAGGAUUCGUGUUCCAAAAGCCCUUUGUCGAAUUCUUCUGUCCCACGAAAGACUUUCAAACUGUUCUCAAACCCGUUCUGAAACAACACGGACACGAAAAACUCGCCUGGUUCGCCGCAAACUCCAAGGGAGAAUUCGAGACCUCUCUGCCGGCGCAAAGCGCCGAAGCCGACCCCAUCGAAAUGAACCCCGCCAACGUCAACGCCGUGACCUGGGGCGUCUUCCGCGGCAAGGAGAUCAUCACCCCGACAAUCAUCGAGGAAGUCAGCUUCCGGGCUUGGGGCGACGAGGCAUACCGGAUCUGGGACGAGUGGCGCCGGAUCUACCCGCGUAACUCACCUACCGAGCGCUUCCUUGACAAGACCAGGGACGAUGUCUGGCUGGUUUGUGUGGUAGGACAGGAUUUUGGCGCGGGUACCGAGAUUGGCUCGCAAGAGGAGCAAGAUGAGAAGAAGUGGAUGUGGAAUGUGCUGGCCAAUUGUUAGUGGCGGUUGGUUUACCCCGUUGAUGUCGGCCCAAAAGAUAGUUAGUUACCUAGGCAUGUCGAUACUAACGCAGACCAUACCUAGGUAAAGGACGAGGAGGAGAAUAAGAAUUCAUUUUAUAUUCUCUUUCAUUCCAUUUUUAUGAUUUCAGUACUACCUACCCACCUACCUACCUAUUUAUAUAUCUUUCCAUCUCGAUAGGAUAGGAUAGGAUAGGAUAGGAAGGAUAGGUACGUGUUCGAACAAAAGAUAGUUACCAAGUAGUACUAAGUAGUUAGGGUAUUGGUGAGAAUAUAUAACCCAACCCAGUGCAUCACGAUAGGUACCUAGGCAGAGGAUAUACAUACAUACAUACAUACAGACAUA